AUGGGUGAUUAUUUAAGUCGAAUUACAACUAGUUUAUUCGAUUAUCCUCUUAAAACAUUUCAUCCCUGUGUUUACUCAUCAGAAGUACCUCAAGAAGAAAAUACCGAUACGCCAAUAGAAUCAAACUACGAUAAACUCGUUAAAAAAUUCACGAAGAAACUUCAGAAGAAUCGAAUGGAAAAUCGAACGGGUGAUUAUAAGAGUUGGGAAGAAAAAUAUUUGUUGAUAAACUUUCCAGAAUGGAACGAAUCGACGAUCUCUUAUUUGCAUAGCUUAUUCUUAACUUUCUCUAACGAGAAUAAGAUGAUAGAUUUCAAAGCAUUUUUAUGUAUACUAUCGUGUCUUUGGUGUGAAAUUGAUAACGAAGAAAAAAGAAAUCAAUUUAAAACUACCGACGUAAAUCAAGAUGGAUUCAUAGAGUAUCUGGAAUUUUUAAAUUUGAUCUAUUCUGAUGAAAAUUUAACAACUGUUACUAAAAGUAUUGCAGAACAAACGCAGUUCGUAAACGCUUUGUCUAUUGGAGAACAAUUAGAAUGCGGAUUGUUUUGAUAUCACUCACAGUGACAACGAUUUCGAUUGCUUCAACUAGGAGUUAUCGAAGGGACUGAGUGAGAUAUUGCUGGCGGUACCGUGUAGUCUUAUAAAUAAAAUAUUGGAGGAAAUUCAAUGAGUGUAAAAUUGUGAUAAGGAGUC